GCGACAUAACUUCACCAGCAACGGUUCACCACCACCUGUCAGUAGGCAGGCAACUGUCACCGUCCGUAUACAGGAGAACAGACGAUCGAAGGUGUUCCCAGUUUUACAAGAGAUAUCGCGCUUCGUAUCUAGUAAUUCAUGGAAUACUUCAUUGAAGAAUAAGAAGAAAUGCUUCGAAUACGCUCGCAAAGCAGCGUGUGCGAGCAAGAAGCCAAGUUCGUCCAGGAUCGUAUAACGGGUGUAGAGAAGCACUUCGCCGAGCUAUGCACAAUAUUCGCAGCGUUCACCAGGAAAACAGCCAGACUACGCGACAAAGGCGACGAGCUGGCUAAGAUAAUACAUAUCUAUGCCGACUCGGAGACUGUGAAUCGAUCUUUGAGUACCGGACUCACCAACUUCUCCGAGACAUUAUCGGUCAUAGGUGAUUAUAGAGAUGCAGAAGUGCAAAGAUUGGACGCGAAAGUGGUCGCUCCCCUUUCGCAGUAUGCGACGAUUUGUAAACACGCUCGCGACGACGUCAAGAACACCUUUUCGGCGCGCGACAGGGAACUCGCGAGGCGAAGGCACUUGGACAAAGUCCGGGAGAGGAACCCUAGGAACCGUCAAAUGAUAUCGCAAGCGGAGUCGGAGCUGAUGAAAGCAUCCGUCGAGGUGUCUCGAGUGGUGAAAGGAUUGGAGGAGCAGAUCGACUCGUUCGAGCGACGAAAGUUACACGAUCUAAAGUCCAUAUUGUUGGACUUCGUCACGGUGGAGCUGAGCUUUCACACGAAAGCGCUCGAACUUUUGACCAAGGCGUAUCAGGACGUCGCGGCUAUCGACGAGAUUAAAGAUCUCGAGGAAUUCAGGGAGGUGAUGCGAGUUUCCGACUCCGUCGCAAGACUGGACACAGUGGGCAGAACUUCUUUUCGACAAGCCUACUCGUUAACGAACUUGGCUAGCCGAUUCAUAUCUUCUCCCAUGACGUCGCAAAAAUCGGCUAACCGAGGAGCCGAGUCCGCUGAUUCCGUACGAACAGGCUUCACAAAUUCGUCCGAAUCGGUUCAAGUGGAAGAAUACGCCGACAGCACGGAAGAAACGGAAUCGGAAUCAAUUCAAGACAAGCCUGUGAGAACUAGGCAUAAAUCCAUGUAAUCUUUAAUUGCUCCUUUAACUCCUUGCCUUCCUAUCCUUCUAGAGAACAUUGUCGGGGCAUCUCGGAUAUAAAGUAAAGAAACGUUUCGUAAUCAAACCGGUUCCAGCAAUUCCUACAUACAAGAAGUCCUUAAUAUCGUCAAUUAUUUAUCCUCAUUAUCUACCUCCUAAACUGAAUCAGACAAAGUGAUUUUUGUACACUUUACCAUAUAUUUCUCUCUUACUUAAAGAAUAUUCAUUAUGUUGUAUGCUAUGUGUGUAUAUAUAUACUAAUUUAGAUAUUUAUAAAUGCACAAAAUUAUCUCUAAUAAGAUCAAAUGCAGCGAAAUAUCUUAUCACAAAGAAGGGGAUAUUAUAACUGUUCCUAUAUAUAAAGAUUGAUAUUGAGAAACA